CCUGCGCGCGAGUCUCCUGGAGAGGAAGGAACCCGGCGCUAAGCGCGCUUUGAAACGUAAAAGUCUACAGCACCCUGGGCCCUAGAGGCGGAGCCGGAAGCUCUACGGUUUCAGCUCCGAGCCCCUCUGUUUUCGAAGGGGUAGCCCUCUUCCUCUAGCCCGGGGCUGCCUCCCCUCCUCCCCCUUCACCCGGAGGCCGAAGCCCCCAGCCUGGCCUGGCGGUGCUGCGGCAGCUCCCGGACCCGGAAGAAGCAUUAACUCGUCUCCGCCAUGGAGCCCACCGCGCCGUCCCUCACCGAGGAGGACUUGACAGAAGUGAAGAAGGACGCUUUAGAAAAUUUACGUGUAUACCUGUGUGAGAAAAUCAUAGCUGAGAGACAUUUUGAUCAUCUACGUGCAAAAAAAAUACUCAGUAGAGAAGACACUGAAGAAAUUUCUUGCCGAACAUCAAGUAGAAAAAGGGCUGGAAAAUUACUAGACUACUUACAAGAAAACCCCAAAGGACUAGAUACGCUGGUUGAAUCUAUUCGGCGAGAAAAAACACAGAACUUCCUGAUUCAGAAGAUUACAGAUGAAGUGUUGAAACUUAGAAAUAUAAAACUAGAACAUCUGAAAGGACUGAAAUGUAGCAGCUGUGAGCCUUUUCCAGAUGGCGCCACAAACAACUUCUAUAGAACAAAUUCAGAUGAAAGUAAUUUCUCUGAAAAACUGAGAGCAUCCACUGUCAUAUACCAUCCAGAAGGAGAAUCCAGCACAGCCCCCUUUUUUUCUACGGAGUCUUCCUUGAAUUUGCCUGUUCUAGAAGUGGGCAGAACUGACAAUCCCACCUUCUCUUCAACUACGCUUCCCAGACCUGGGGACCCUGGGGCCCCCCCUUUGCCGCCGGAGCUGCAGUUAGAAGGAGGAGGAACUUGUGGAAACUCUAGUGAGAUGUUUCUUCCCUUACGAUCACGUGCUCUUUCGCGUCAGUGACUGAGAUUACAGCCUUCUAAUUUUUUUUUAAUGACAAAAAAUAUUUGAAAGGAUAUGAAUCUUUUUAUAGAAUUGCUAUAAUGACUUAACAUUUGAUAUGCGUCUUUUAAAAUGCAAUGGAAGCAUACUUUGUAAAUAGAGUCUUUUAGAAUAAAAGAAGCGUACUUUUAGAUAGCUAAAGAAAAUCAUGUUGAUCAUGUAAUUUUCAGUGUUUUCUGUUCUUUCCAUUUUUGAGGUAUCUUGAGUGUGUUCACAUUUUUUAUGUUUUAAGACUAACAGAGAACAUUGCUCUAUUUGAGAGUAGAGUCUCAGGCUGGGAAUAAUGUCUCAGUGCAGUUGUGCUAGAAAUUUUCGAGGUCUAAUAGUCCUUUCUAAUUCUUCAGCAGUAAAUUUUCAGAUUAAGCUAUUUCUGGAUGGAAUAAAGCCAAUCACUGACAGGAAAACUGCCAAGUGUACUGAAAAGAAUCUCUUUCCCACUCAGUUGGUCUUAGGGACACUUACAGAGUCCCCUUUUUUUUUUUUUAAUUUUUUAAUUUUAUUUUUGAGAGGGAGAGACAGAGCACCAGCAGGAGAGGGGCAGAGAGAGAGGGAGACACAGAAUCAGAAGCAGGCUCCAGGCUCCGAGCUGUCAGCAGAGAGCUCGACAUUGGGCUCGAACUCACAAACCCGUGAGAUCACAACCUGAGCCGAAGUCAGAUGCUCAACUGACUGAGCCACCCAGGCACCCCACAGAGUCCCCUUCUAAUGUGGGGUGACAUCAGAGAGAAAUGUUGAGGUUGGAGCCACCGAAGAUCUCAAUUUGCCAAAAUACAUUUCUUACUCACCUUACUAAUAGUACCUUCUUAGGAUUUUCACAGUCUUUGCUUAUCAUUUUAAUUCCUACACAAAAAUCUUGACAAAAGCC